CGUCAAGAUCAAAUCUUGAUCAGUGUGUUUCUUGGCAGUUGUACUGAUUCAGUACAACCUCUCCUUUCAUCUGCCACAACCUCUCAAGAAGCCUGGUCAACUCUUCUCACUAGCUAUGCCAACGCUUCUCCAGGUCGCAUUUUAGCCCUCAGGAACAAGUUAUCUCGUAAUCCUCGUGGCACUCGCUCAAUAUCAGAUUACUUGAAAGACAUGCAACAAAUUGCAUCUGAACUUGCUUUGGCUCAAAAUCCUGUUUCGGAUACUGAGUUUCAGAUUUCUAUUCUGAAUCAAUCGGGUGAAGAUUAUCGCCCAAUUAUUAGCGCUAUCCGUAUUAGGAAUACACCCAUGUCAAUGAUUGAGCUCUCUGACAUUUUGACUGAUCAUGAACGGUUUUUACAAGCAUCAGAAGAUGCUGUCGCCUCUCUUAUUCCUACGGCAAAUAACACUCAGCGCUAUUUGUCACAUGGGUCAUCUCAAUCUGAUUCUCGCAAGCGUGAGAUCUCAUCCUCUAAUGGACAUCGGGCACGAUCUAGUCAACGCUCCUCUUCUACUACUAAUGGGUAUUCAUCUCAGUCAUCUUCUACUGGGCGUUCCACUCCUAUUUGCAGGUUCUGCAACUUUCCAGGACACGUGGUUAAAGAUUGUCGCAAACUGGCUCGUUUUUUACGUGACAAUCAUCUCAGUGCAUCUCCUAUGGUGCAUCACACCAUGACUAAUGCAGGUUCUUCUCAGCCUUGGAUGUUUGACUCUGGUGCGUCUCACCAUACAGCUUCCGGUGUGGCUUCUUUACAAGAGUUUUCUACCUACGAUGGUCCGGAUGAGAUUCGUUUGGGUAAUGGAUCAGAAAACGGGAAGUCCGCUCAUGAAGGGUAAAAACAUCAAUGGCGUUUAUUAUGCACCAUCGGCACAUCCUCCGAGUAUUAAUGCCACCAGUUUGUCCAGCGUAUCUCAGUUUCAUCACAGUCUUGGUCAUCCAUCAAAUAAAAUCUUAGCUACUAUAUUCAAUAAAUGUAAUAUGACUGUACCUCAUCGGUCCAUUAGUGAUUUUGUUUGUAAUUCUUGCAAUAUCAAUAAAAGUCAUAAAUUGCCCUUUACCACUAAUUCUCUCACAAGUACUCAUCCUCUAGACCUUAUUUAUACUGAUGUUUGGAGUACUAAACAAAAG